AACCAAAACUCCACCCUGCCCUUGAGCUAAGUGAGCGUGGCGCUGAAGGGCCGCACCGUCAUCGUCAAGGGUCCGCGCGGGACCCUGCGCCGCGACUUCAAUCACAUCAAUGUGGAGCUCUCGCUGCUGGGCAAGAAGCGCAAGAAGCUACGAGUUGACAAAUGGUGGGGUAACAGAAAGGAGCUGGCAACAGUUCGCACAAUUUGCAGCCAUGUGCAGAACAUGAUAAAAGGUGUUACACUGGGCUUUCGUUACAAGAUGAGGUCUGUGUACGCUCACUUCCCCAUCAAUGUAGUUAUCCAGGAUAACGGCUCCCUUGUGGAAAUCCGAAACUUCCUGGGAGAGAAGUACAUUCGCAGAGUGCGCAUGAGACCUGGUGUUACCUGUGCAGUAUCUCAAGCUCAGAAAGAUGAACUCAUCCUUGAAGGGAAUGACAUUGAAUUGGUCUCCAAUUCAGCUGCCUUGAUCCAGCAGGCCACUACAGUUAAGAACAAGGAUAUCAGGAAGUUCUUGGAUGGUAUCUAUGUUUCUGAGAAGGGAACCGUGCAGCAGGCGGAUGAGUGAAACUCAGCUAGGUUG